UACCAUGAGCUACACUUUAUAAAUUAUGUUUUGAAAUAGAACUAUAUGCACUUCUUACCUAAAAUAUUCACCCUAUGAUAUUAUUAUGUCAAUCAUAUUUUCACAUUCAAAAAGUAAAAUUUUUAUGUAGUUUUAAAUUUUGGGGUUACAAACAUUAGUUUCUUACCAUAUUUUGUUUCAAGAGUAUCAUGUUUUGACACAUUGUUGUUGUGUUAUUUCUUGCCCAUUAGACCAUGUUUCAAAUACCAGAUCAUCAAGUUGCUGGCCACAAAGCAAGUAAAGGAAUAAUUGGCCCUCUCAUAGACAAUUCAGGGCGUUUUUACAAGCCUCUUCAAAGUAACAACCGUGGCUCAAAAGAGGAAUCUUUCUAUAAAAAAUUCUCUUCCAACACUGAAAUCCCAAAUCACAUACGCAAAUUCUUCCCUACUUAUUAUGGGACUCAACACAUUGAGGCCUCUGAUGGAUCUGGUCAACAUCCACAUCUAGUCUUGGAAGAUAUUGUAACGUCCCCGCUUCAAGCCUCCAUUAGGUCCUUACACCCACAGAAUGAAUGGCUCUUAUACACGAGUACGUCACUCUGGCUGGUUCAUGGACUGAUGACUUCCCAUACCUACACAGUCUCGAAUUCGAAUGAUGUAGAUGGAGAAUCAGAUUGUGCAUUUGCACAACGUGUUUAUGGUGGUCCUAAUGGGGUGUUGGCACAAUUGUUGAUGCUCAAGAAAUGGUUUGAAGAUCAAACUCUUUUUCAUUUCUAUUCUUGUUCUGUUUUGAUGGUUUAUGAGAAAAUAAAGCCAAAUGAGGAUAGAUCAUGUGUUACAAUUAAAUUGAUUGACUUUGCUCAUGUGGUGGAUGGUCAAGGGGUUAUUGAUCAUAAUUUCUUGGGUGGACUUUGCUCUUUGAUCAAGUUUGUAUCAGAGAUUCUUGAUAACUAACUAAUAAUUAAGUUGAAAGUUACUUGUACUUGGCUAAUAAUUUGUGACUCGUCAAGAAUAGUAUUUGAAAAAAAUAAAUUGCCAACAUUGUAUCUACUUUUGUAUUUUAUUUAUGCUUGUUUAAGAAUAAAUGUGAACAUUAAUCA